AUGUCGGAGGAAAGGCAGAGGAUACUAGAACAAAAGAGACAGAGACUACAGGAGCUCAAGCUGCGGCGGCUUGCGCUGUCGCAUCUUACUGAAGCUAGCUCGAGUGUACCGGGCAAGAAGGUUGAUGCUGCUACGCAGACAGACAGCUCGUUUCAUGGGGUACAGGACUUGGCCCCGGCCCUGGCCUCGCACGCGCUGUCAACCACGGUUGAUACCAAGGAAGCUGAUGAUGGUGUCAGUACAGUGCAGGAUACAGAGUUGGAACUUUACAAAUUCGACAAGGGUGUGCAGACUGAUGAACCAGUUGAAGUUUUGGAGAGACUUGAAUCCAAGCCGGUUGAAAAAAAUGGACCGGUAGUAAUCACUUCGCUGUCAGAAAUCCCCGUUUUUGAACUAGACCAAGCUAUUCUAGAGUCGAUCAAAGUGGUAAACAAGUUGCAAGUUUCACGAACGGUGGAACUUGGAUCCAAAAAGGAAGAAUCCAAAACCAAUUUACAAUUCAUAUCCAAUACGAAAACGCUAGUUUUCGACAGAGACGUGGAGACGUUUGACAUAUCGCAGCAUGAUCCCCAUAAAAUUGUGGUUGGUUUCAAAAGAUCAUACAAUUACCAGCAUACGGCGACUCUUUUCGAGAUUCGAGACGACAAACCCCUCGCGUGCCAACACCUCAUUUGUUUUUCCGAGAUAACCCACUUAAUGUUUGAUGUGCACCGAGAGAACCGCGUGAUUGGCACCAUGAGAAACGCCGCUAUCGCGAUUUGGGAAAUUGACGAAUCGGCUAUUGUCCAGGAGCCCACGUUGUUGACGCACACGUCGAUCUUUGCAUCCACAUCUUCCACCACCUCGUGGUUUCAGCAUCAGCACGAUAUAGCCAUGAUUGAGCAGAUUAGUGUCGACACCAAUGACUGCUUAUUGGUGGUUUCUGGUGAUGGAGUGUUGAACUUGUGGUCGACGAAUCUACUUAGCACGCCUAAAUACUCGACAAGGUUGAUUCCAGAAGAUCAACUUUCCAAAUUGAUGAUUGAAAGUGGUAUUUACGUGGGCAACAGAGAUAUCGUUGGCAAAUUGGAAGAUAACUUGAAAAACCAGAUGGUGUUGACUGCUACUGAUGGCAAAUUGUAUGAUGAGAAAAUGCAGCCUUUGGUGGAUACAAACGAAGGAAUUUUGGUGUUGGCGAUGGCAAAGUUGGAUAAGGAUUUAAUCGUUACUUCUCAUCUAGACUGGCAUUUGCGAGUGUGGAGAGUUGGAGGGGAAAGCAAAACUAGGGAACUUUGGAAGGCUGUACCGACUGGUUAUGUUGUUGAAAAGAUUGUGAAACGACCUCAACAUCGCUUCCAGUUUUUAACAAUAGGCAAGUUUGGCAAGAAGAUUAGCGUCGAUUUAUGGGAUCUAUCGCGAAAGCUCUUCAAACCAAUUAUAAACAUUGCAGAGAAUCUACAAGAUAUCAAACACCUUGAGUUUAACGGGCCAAUGGAAAUUCUAAUGUGCGAGCGAAACGAGAUUAAGGUGUUUGAGCUUAACCAGGAUUACAAUAUCGUUCUAGACGAGGACGAUUUGGAUCGAGGGUUGGGGUGA